AUGCUCUCUCCCAAGUGUUCAAAUUAUCCUUCUCUAUCUAAAGAAAAGUAGAACUUCUUGUUUUUCUGUACAUUUAAUUCGCACUGUAAACGCUCAUCCCCACUAGGGAGUUUCUCCUAUAAAUUAAGAACCCCGCAUUCCCCUUUUCAUCAUAACUCAACUAGCUUUAGUUAUAUAGAGACAGACAAAUUAACAAAAAGCUUAGGAAAGAAAAAUGGAAGGAACUUGUAACAACCGUAGCCAUUUCCAAACUAUUUUUCUUAUUUUGGUUGCCUUCAGUUCUUCUUCAUUCAUGGAGUCAGCUUCAGCAGCAAGGCCAGCAGCCGGAGAUACAAAUACGGAGUUUAUAAGAACAUCAUGCAAAUCAACUACAUAUCCAAACCUCUGUUUCAGCUCAUUAUCCAGCCGUUCAACUGCUAUUGGGGUUUCCCCUCAACUUCUAGCCCAUGAAUCCCUCACCGUCAGCCUCGAAACAGCGCAGUCUACAUCCGCCACGAUGCUGAAGUUGGCUCACGGCCAAGGCAUGACGGCGAGAGAGGUUGGUGCCAUGCAUGACUGUGUGGAGGAACUAAGUGACGCAGUCGUUGAAUUGAGAAAGUCUUUGGGGGAAAUGAAGCAACUAAGGGGCAAAGAUUUUGAUCUUAAAAUGAAUGAUAUUCAAACUUGGGUAAGUGCUGCCUUGACUGACGAGGACACUUGCACCGAGGGGUUUGCCGGAAAAGUGAUGAACGGGAAAGUUAAGACAGUAGUAAGGGGAAGGAUUCUGGAAGUUGCACAUAUGACGAGCAAUGCCUUGGCUUUGAUCAACAGCCUUGCCGCUCUUCACGGCUAAAUCAAAAAAUCAAUUACACACUCCUAUAUAGUGUUAUUUCUCGUCUUUCUCAAAGUAUACUUAGUUCUUCCUUUGUUGAUCCCUGAAGUACCAGGGCCGUCAGCUUUAGGUGAUUUUCUUAUUUAAGUCUGUUCCAUAUGCAUUUAUAGAAAAGGUAAUUUUGUGCAUGAUA